AUGGCGUCUGUCGAGGCUCUUUGGAGCGACCUCACCUCGAGGCUGGACGAGAGACAGCAGUCUAUUGCUGUCGCCGUCGUUGCUACUUUUCUCGUCCUCAUUCUCACAACAAAAGCCCUCACCGGAAGCUCUACCACGGUGGACGCAAGCGGCAAACACAAGAUUCCUGCAUCGCCAAGCUACUGGCUUCCGUUUCUCGGACAUGCGUUUUCCAUGGCUCAAGGCGGCUUCCUGGCCAGCAUGCGGAGUCGAUUCCCUGAUGGCAUCUUUUCUCUGAAAAUGGGCGGCAAGAUGCACCACUUCGUCUACAAGCCUUCGCUGGCUGCGGCACUCUUGAACCUGCAUCGCCCGGCUGCUGAGGAGCAAAUGCUGGCAAAUCGCCUGCUGGGAUCUACUUUUGGCGUGAGCAAGAAGGACGCGGCCAUUUACAACAAGAUAUUCCCCGAAGCUCUGGCUCUCUACAAGUAUCUUAGCUCCGAACCGGGGCUUAGCGAGAUCACUGGGGGGGCUUUAUCGCAGGUGAAGCAAACUAUUAAUAGCUUUGUGACAUUCAACUCGAAUCCUAUGGACCAAACCGAAUGGGAGAAGAUGGCGGACGUUGAUGUUAUUGAAGAGGGUGACAAAGGGGUUCCCACCACUCAAGUCGACCUGAUGGAGCUGACGAGGAAUUAUGUCGCAACAACAGCGAUUCCAGCCAUCUACGGCACUGAUUUUGUCGAAAACUUUCCCGAGGUGUGGAAAUGGAUGUGGAUAUACAACGAGGCUUUUGUUCUGUUGGCUAUGAGCGUUCCUUCUUGGAUUCCCUGGCCGCGUCUUCAGCGCGGAAAGCUGGCAAGGAGACGUCUUCUGGCAUUUCUGUACGAAUUCAACGAAGCCAUGGACAAGCACCUGGACGGCGAAGAGGUCGACCCCAAGUGGCAGAAUCUGGACAACGUCAGCCAGUUGGUCAAAAGCAGGAUUGUGCUGUUCAGGCAGCAUGGAGUGUCACUCGACGGCCGUGCGUCCUUUGACCUGGCGCUGCUGUGGGCUUCGGUUGCGAACUCCAACCCCCUCAUCACGUGGAUGCUCUUUGAGCUUUACCGGGAUCCUGUGCUCUUGGAACAGGUUCGUGAAGAGAUUGCGCCAUAUGUCAAAGCCGUGCAGCCAAAGAACGAGUUUGGAUCUGCAGUUUGGGUGCCGCCGGUGCUCGAGGACAUCGACAUCGAUGGACUGAUAACCAAAUGCCCGCUCCUUAAAGCUUCGUACGUCGAAACCAUGAGGGUUUACUCUUGCGGAUGGGCCAUGAAGAUGAUGUACAGCGAUACGGUGGUGGAAUCAAGAGGGAAAGGCGGAGAAUCCUUCUUGUUGAAGAAGGGGACUUAUGCACACAUCCCUCAAGAGCUGCACCAGUUUGAUCCGCAAUACUUUUCAAACCCGACUGAGUGGCAGGCCGAGAGACAUGUGCGCGAAACAGUGGAUGAAAGCGGCAACAAGGUCCUGACGGCAGAAUUGGGAACGAUGCGGCCAUAUGGUGGCGGCUUGAAGAUGUGCAAGGGAAGGCAAUUUGCGCUGCGAGAGAUGCUGCUAUAUGCGGCUGCCAUUAUCACCUUUUACGAUAUGCAGGCGCCCAAGGGGGGAUCAUGGAGCGAGCCUCAGACGAGGAAACUUGUUGCCAACAAGCAUCCGAAGAAGCCGCUCAAGGUCUGGAUCAAGCGGAGAGCGUUGCCAGUCGAGGGUGGGGAAAAGAGAAGAUAG